ACAGUAGUCAAUCGAGUUGCCUCGGGCUGGAACGCACCCAAACACAUUUCUGCGCAAAGGCUUCGCAAGUUGAUGGUGGCGAAAAAAUUCUACACUUGUCUAUCCAAAACAGACCCUCUGUUGACGGAAAACUAGCCAGCAGUUAGCCAGCAAGCUAGCCAGGUCUGGCUCCCCAAUGGUUAUCAUGUCUGGCACAGCCACGGUGCUGCAACAAUUUGUCAGUGGCCUGAAGAGUCGAAAUGAAGACACAAGAGCAAAAUCUGCGAAAGAUCUCCAGCACUAUGUGACGACAGAGCUCAGAGAGUUGAGCCAAGAUGAAGCCACUACUUUCUACGAUGAAUUGAAUCAUCACAUUUUUGAGCUGGUUUCCAGCUCUGAUGUGAAUGAGAAAAAAGGAGGGAUUCUUGCUAUAGUGAGUCUGAUUGGAGUAGAAGGAGGCAAUGCCACCCGAAUCAGCCGCUUCGCCAACUACCUCCGCAACCUGCUGCCCUCCAGUGACUCGGUGGUCAUGGAGAUGGCCUCCAAGGCCAUGGGCCACCUGUCCAUGGCAGGGGACACCUUCACCGCAGAGUAUGUGGAGUUUGAGGUGAAGAGGGCACUGGAGUGGCUGGGCGCCGACAGGAACGAGGGCAGGCGCCAUGCUGCGGUUCUUGUCCUAAGGGAGUUGGCCGUCAGCGCACCCACCUUUUUCUUCCAGCAAGUCCAGCCCUUUUUCGACAACAUCUUCUAUGCGGUGUGGGACCAGAAGCAGGCCAUCCGCGAAGGGGCCGUGGCCGCUCUCAGGGCCUGCCUCAUCCUCACUACCCAACGAGAGACCAAGGAGAUGCAGAAACCACAGUGGUACAAACAAACCUUUGACGAGGCUGAGAAAGGCUUCGAUGAGACCUUAUCCAAAGAGAAGGGUAUGAACCGUGACGAUAGGGUCCAUGGCGCCCUCCUCAUCCUCAACGAGCUGGUCCGCAUCAGCAGCAUGGAAGGAGAGCGCAUGCGGGAGGAGAUGGAGGAGAUCACCCAGCAGCAGCUGGUCCACGACAAGUACUGCAAGGAGCUGAUGGGCUUCGGCACCAAGCCGCGUCACAUCACCCCCUUCACCAGCUUUCAGUCGGUGCAGCCACAGCAGUCCAAUGCCCUGCUGGGUCUCCUGGGCUACAGCACACCCCAGGGCUUCCUCAGCUUCGGGGCUACGCCGGUGCCCGCCAAGAGCUCCCUGGUGGAGAGCCGCUACUGCCGCGAGCUCAUGGAGGAGUGCUUUGACCAGGUGUGCCGCUGGGUGCUGAAGUACAGGACCAGUAAGAACCCUCUGAUCCAGAUGACCAUUCUCAACCUUCUGCCGCGCCUCGCCGCUUUCCAGCCACACACUUUUACAGUUGAAGUUUGCCCCCUCCCAGACCAGUACCUGGCUGACACCAUGGGCUACCUGCUUGGCUGUCUGAAGAAGGAGAAGGAGCGCACGGCGGCCUUCCAAGCCCUGGGGCUGCUGGUGGUGGCGGUACGCGCUGAGAUCCAGCCGUACCUCACCAAGAUUCUGGAGAUCAUCAAGGCUGCGCUGCCCCCCAAGGACUUCGCUCACAAGAGACAGAAGACCAUGCAGGUGGAUGCCACAGUGUUCACCUGUAUCAGUAUGUUGUCCAGAGCCAUGGGCCCUAGCAUCCAGCAAGACAUCAAGGAGCUGCUGGAGCCCAUGCUGGCUGUGGGACUCAGCCCGGCCCUGACGGCGGUGCUGUACGACCUGAGUCGGCAGAUCCCCCAGCUAAAGAAAGACAUCCAGGACGGCCUUCUGAAGAUGCUCUCCCUGGUGCUCAUGCACAAGCCCUUACGCCACCCGGGCAUGCCCAAGGGCCUAGCGCAACAGCUGGCAUCGCCCAGCCUCACCAACAUCCCCGAGGCCAGCGACGUGGGCAGCAUCACCCUGGCACUCAGGACACUGGGCAGCUUUGAGUUUGAAGGCCACUCGCUGACCCAGUUUGUGCGCCACUGUGCCGACCAUUUCCUCAACAGCGAGCACAAGGAGAUCCGCAUGGAGGCGGCGCGCACCUGCUCCCGCCUGCUGACGCCCUCCAUCCACCUGAUCAGCGGCCAUGGCCAUGUGGUCAGCCAGACGGCCGUGCAGGUGGUGGCCGACGUGCUCAGCAAACUGCUGGUAGUUGGCAUCACAGAUCCAGACCCAGAUAUCCGCUACUGUGUGCUGGCCUCUCUGGACGAGCGCUUCGACGCCCACCUGGCGCAGGCGGAGAACCUGCAAGCUCUGUUCGUGGCGCUGAACGACGAGGUGUUUGAGAUCAGGGAACUGGCCAUCUGCACCAUCGGACGCCUCAGCAGCAUGAACCCCGCCUUUGUCAUGCCCUUCCUGCGCAAGAUGCUCAUCCAGAUUCUGACUGAGCUGGAGCACAGUGGCGUGGGCAGGAACAAGGAGCAGAGUGCCCGCAUGCUGGGUCACCUGGUUUCCAACGCCCCCCGCCUCAUACGCCCAUACAUGGAGCCCAUCCUAAAGGCCCUGAUCCUGAAGCUUAAAGACCCAGACCCCAACCCUGGAGUGGUCAUCAGUGUCCUGGCCACUAUUGGAGAGUUGGCUCAGGUGAACUGCUGGACUCCCCAGAAGGUUGAGGAAGUGAGAGUUGUUAGGGGCAGGCUGGCCCUGCAGCGCAGAGGGAGUGCAGGAGAUGCCAGAGUAGGGUUGAUGACAGUUUGUGCUGAGGCAGUGCCAGGACAGGUGAGCGGGCUAGAGAUGAGGAAGUGGAUGGACGAGCUCUUCCCCAUCAUCAUGGACAUGCUCCAGGACUCCUCCUCAUUGGCCAAGAGACAGGUGGCGCUGUGGACUUUGGGCCAGCAGGUUGCUAGCACUGGAUACGUGGUGGAGCCCUACCGCAAGUACCCCUCUCUUCUGGAGGUGCUGCUCAACUUUCUCAAGACAGAGCAGAACCAGGGGAUCAGAAGAGAGGCUAUCCGUGUGCUGGGCUUGCUGGGAGCCCUGGACCCCUACAAGCACAAGGUGAACAUUGGCAUGAUCGACCAGUCACGAGACGCUUCCGCCGUCAGCCUCUCCGAGUCCAAGUCCAGCCAGGACUCUGCCGACUACAGUACCAGUGAGAUGCUGGUGAACAUGGGCAACCUCCCCCUGGACGAGUUCUACCCGGCGGUGGCCAUCGUGACGCUGAUGCGCAUCCUGCGUGACCCCUCCCUCUCUAACCACCACACCAUGGUGGUGCAGGCGGUCACCUUCAUCUUCAAGUCCCUGGGCCUGAAGUGUGUCCAGUUCCUGCCGCAGGUCAUGCCCACCUUCCUCAACGUCAUCCGCGUGUGCGACGCUAGCAUUCGAGAGUUUCUCUUCCAGCAGAUGGGGAUGGUCGUGUGCUUUGUAAAAAUCCACAUCCGCCCCUACAUGGAUGACAUCUUCACACUCAUCAGAGAGUACUGGACACCUAACAACCCCAUGCAGAACACCAUCAUCCUGCUGAUUGAGCAGAUCGUGGUGGCCCUGGGCGGCGAGUUCAAGCUCUACCUGCCGCAGCUCAUCCCACACAUGCUGCGCGUCUUCAUGCACGAUAUGAGCAUGGGCCGCAGUGUCACCAUCAAGCUCCUCAAUGCCAUUCAGCUGUUCGGUGCGAACUUGGACGACUACCUCCACCUGUUGCUGCCUCCCAUCGUCAAGCUGUUUGAUGCCCCAGACGUACCUCUACAGGCCCGCAAGGUUGCCUUGGAGACGCUAGACCGGCUGACUGAGUCCCUGGACUUCACGGACUAUGCGUCGCGCAUCAUUCACCCCAUAGUACGCGCGCUGGACAACACACCCGAGCUACGCAGCACAGCCAUGGACACGUUGUCGUCGCUCGUUUUCCAGCUGGGCAAGAAGUAUCAGAUCUUUAUCCCCAUGGUGAACAAAGUGAUGUUGAAGCACAGGAUCAAUCACCAGCGCUAUGACGUGCUCAUCUGUCGGAUCGUCAAGGGGUACACUUUGGCGGAGGAGGAAGAGGAUCCUUUAAUCUUCCAGCAUCGCCAGCUGCGCAGUAACCAGGGCGAUGUCGGUAGUGGCCCGGCGGAGGCGGGGCCAAUGAAGAAGCUCCACGUCAGCACCACAGCCCUGCAGAAGGCCUGGGGCGCCGCUCGGAAGGUGUCCAAGGAUGACUGGCUGGAGUGGCUGAGACGGCUGAGCGUGGUCCUGCUGAAGGAGUCGUCGUCCCCUGCCCUGCGCUCGUGCUGGUCUCUGGCCCAAACCUACAUUCCCCUCGCCAGAGACCUGUUCAACGCAGCCUUCCUGUCAUGCUGGUCUGAGCUGAGUGAGGAUCAGCAGGAUGAGCUGAUCCGCAGCAUUGAACUGGCCCUCACCUCCCAGGACAUCGCCGAGGUCACCCAGACCCUGCUAAACCUGGCUGAGUUCAUGGAGCACAGCGAUAAGGGUCCUCUGCCUCUGAGAGACGACAAUGGCAUUGUUCUGCUGGGUGAGAGGGCUGCCAAAUGUCGUGCCUACGCCAAGGCCCUCCACUACAAAGAGCUGGAGUUCCAGAAGGGCGCCUCUCCUCUCAUCCUAGAGUCCCUCAUCAGCAUCAAUAACAAACUGCAGCAACCAGAGGCAGCAUCCGGGGUCCUGGAGUACGCCAUGAAGCACUUUGGCGAACUGGAAAUCCAGGCCACCUGGUACGAGAAGCUCCACGAGUGGGAGGAUGCACUGGUGGCGUACGACAAGAAGAUCGACAUCAACAAGGAUGACCCUGAGCUGAUCCUGGGGCGCAUGCGCUGCUUGGAGGCCCUGGGCGAAUGGGGCCAGUUGCACCAGCAGUGCUGUGAGGAGUGGACUCUGGUCACUGAGGAUACGCAGGCCAAGAUGGCACGGAUGGCAGCCGCUGCAGCCUGGGGUCUAGGCCACUGGGACAGCAUGGAGGAGUAUACAUGUAUGAUCCCCAGGGACACACACGAUGGAGCCUUCUACAGGGCCGUGCUCGCUCUGCAUCAGGACCUCUUCUCAUUGGCUCAGCAGUGUAUCGACAAGGCCAGAGAUCUAUUGGAUGCGGAGCUGACAGCCAUGGCUGGAGAGAGUUACAGCAGAGCAUAUGGGGCCAUGGUGUCGUGUCAGAUGCUGUCGGAGCUGGAAGAGGUCAUCCAGUACAAGCUGGUCCCAGAGAGGAGGGACAUUAUCCGAGACACCUGGUGGGAAAGGCUACAGGGUUGCCAGCGGAUCGUGGAGGACUGGCAGAGGAUCUUAAUGGUUCGAUCGCUGGUCAUCAACCCCCACGAGGACAUGCGGACCUGGCUCAAGUACGCCAGUCUCUGUGGCAAGAGUGGGCGCCUGGCGUUGGCCCACAAGACCCUGGUCCUUCUCCUGGGGGUGGACCCCUCGAAGCAGCUGGACCACCCGCUGCCCACCGCCCACCCCCACGUUACCUAUGCCUACAUGAAGUACAUGUGGAAGAGCCAACACAAGAUCGAAGCCUUCCAGCACAUGCAGCACUUUGUCCAGGGGAUGCAGCAGCAGGCCCAGCAUGCCAUCGCCGCCGAGGACCAGCAACACAAGCAGGAGCUCCACAAGCUUAUGGCCAGGUGCUUCCUGAAGCUGGGUGAGUGGCAGCUCAGUCUUCAGGGCAUUAAUGAGAGCACCAUCCCCAAAGUGCUGCAGUACUACAACCACUCCACGGAGCACGACCGCAACUGGUACAAGGCCUGGCACGCAUGGGCGGUGAUGAACUUUGAGGCAGUGCUGCACUACAAGCACCAGAACCAGGGCCGGGACGAAAAGAAGAAGAAGCGCCACGUCAGCGGCACCAGCGCAAAUAGCGAGGCCAGCAACAGCGACAGCGAGGUAGACAGCACUGAGCACAGCCCUGUGCCCUCGCCGGGCCAGAAGAAGGCCAACGAGGACCUCUCCAAGACGUUACUCCUCUACACGGUUCCUGCUGUCCAGGGCUUCUUCCGCUCAAUCUCCCUCUCCAGAGGGAACAACCUCCAGGACACCCUGAGGGUCCUGACCCUCUGGUUUGACUAUGGACACUGGCCUGAAGUCAACGAGGCACUGGUAGAGGGUAUCAAAACCAUUCAGAUAGACACCUGGCUACAGGUGAUCCCCCAGCUGAUUGCCCGCAUCGACACUCCCCGUGCUCUGGUUGGCCGCCUCAUCCACCAGCUGCUCACCGACAUUGGGCGCUACCACCCCCAGGCUUUAAUCUAUCCGUUGACCGUGGCCUCCAAGUCAACCACCACUGCCCGCCACAAUGCUGCUAACAAGAUCCUCAAGAACAUGUGUGAGCACUGCAAUACACUGGUCCAGCAGGCGAUCAUGGUGAGCGAGGAGCUGAUCCGGGUGGCCAUUCUGUGGCACGAGAUGUGGCACGAGGGCCUGGAGGAGGCCUCCCGCCUCUACUUUGGCGAGCGCAACGUGAAGGGUAUGUUUGCUGUGCUGGAGCCCCUUCACGCCAUGAUGGAGAGGGGCCCGCAGACCCUCAAAGAGACCUCCUUCAACCAGGCCUACGGGAGGGACCUCAUGGAGGCCCAGGAUUGGUGCAGGAAGUACAUGCGCUCGGGCAACGUGAAGGACCUGACCCAAGCGUGGGACCUGUACUACCACGUCUUCAGACGGAUCUCCAAGCAGCUACCACAGCUGACCUCCUUGGAGCUGCAGUACGUGUCCCCCAAGCUGCUGAUGUGCAGGGACCUGGAGCUGGCCGUGCCGGGGACCUACGACCCCAACCAGCCCAUCAUCCGCAUCCAGUCCAUCGCCCCCUCGCUGCAGGUCAUCACCUCCAAGCAGCGGCCGCGUAAACUCACCAUCAUGGGCAGCAAUGGCCAUGAGUUCAUGUUCCUCCUGAAGGGCCAUGAGGACCUGCGGCAGGACGAGAGGGUCAUGCAACUCUUUGGCCUGGUUAACACACUGCUGGCCAAUGACCCAGCCUCUCUACGCAAAAACCUCAGCAUUCAGCGCUACGCAGUGAUUCCCCUGUCCACCAACUCUGGUCUAAUUGGCUGGGUGCCUCACUGCGACACCCUCCACGCCCUCAUCAGGGACUACCGGGAGAAGAAGAAGAUCCUGCUCAACAUCGAGCACCGCAUUAUGCUCAGGAUGGCUCCAGACUAUGAUCACCUGACCCUGAUGGAGAAAGUGGAGGUGUUUGAGCACGCCGUCAACAACACGGCCGGAGACGACCUGGCCAAGCUGCUGUGGCUGAAGAGCCCCAGCUCUGAGGUUUGGUUUGACAGGAGGACCAAUUACACACGCUCCCUGGCUGUGAUGUCAAUGGUGGGCUACAUCCUGGGCCUGGGAGACAGGCAUCCAUCCAACUUGAUGUUGGACAGACUAAGUGGCAAGAUCCUCCACAUUGAUUUUGGCGAUUGCUUUGAGGUUGCCAUGACCAGGGAGAAGUUCCCGGAGAAGAUUCCUUUCAGACUGACAAGAAUGCUGACGAACGCCAUGGAGGUUACAGGGCUGGAUGGGAACUACAGGAUCACAUGUCACACGGUUAUGGAGGUGCUGAGGGAGCACAGGGACAGUGUCAUGGCCGUACUGGAGGCCUUCGUCUACGACCCACUGCUCAACUGGAGACUGAUGGACACGAACACCAAGGGAAACAAGCGAUCCAGGACCAGAACUGACUCCUACACUGCUGGACAAUCAGUCGAAGCACUGGAGGGGAUCGACCUUGGUGAGACCACACACAAGAAACCAGGAACUACCGUGCCUGAAUCCAUUCAUUCCUUCCUUGGAGAUGGCACUGUCCAGCCUGAGGCCCUGAAUAAAAAGGCUAUCCAGAUUAUCAACAGAGUACGAGACAAGCUGACUGGGCGUGAUUUCUCACACGAUGAGACUCUGGAUGUGCCAACUCAAGUGGAGCUCCUCAUCAAGCAGGCGACGUCGCACGAGAACCUAUGCCAGUGUUAUAUUGGAUGGUGUCCAUUUUGGUAGAAGAGCUACACUUGAAGAGUUACACAGCCUGUUUUCAUCAAGUAACCAUGAACUUACUUGGUAACUAUGUGGUUCAUUUGUGAGAGGUGGUCCAUGGCAAGGAAUUACAUUUCCAAAGAUCUGUAUCAAAUUAUGCCAUGCUUACUUGGUUUCAAGCAUUUUACAUUCACUUAGCUAAUUACUUCCAAUUUAAUGAAAUUAGCGCCAAAUCCUUAGUUUUAAGUAAUGACCCAUGUAACAUUUAAUCCCAGGAUGUAAUACCAUGUAAAGGUAACAGCUACAAUUAUGUACUGUACAAGGUAACAACAACCUGGGCCUCGUUUCCCAGUUGCGAUGUAACUUAAGCAUUACAAUGAUCGUGUCAGAUGCCUCGUUAUUUAUGAGCCAUGUUUUAAAGUAUUUCCCAAACAAGCAUGUAGAGAGAAUGUUCACUAAGUGCGUCGUUAGACCAUGUCGAUACUGAUCGGAUCGAAAGAAAAGCAUCUCUGCUCUCGAAUCAGCUUUCUCCAUUCAGGUCUAACCUUAGCAUUAAAAUUAUUACACAAUACUGAUGACAGAUCAGCUGCUUGAUAUUACCACCUAUGGCGGCAAAUAUUGAGGCGGCUUAUUCUAAAUGCUUACCCUAUAAUAACCCACAAAAUCGAGAUUUGGCACAUGCGCACAAAUAUAUUGUAGCAAAAAUUAUAGACAGUAGCCUAGACUUAGCUAAAUAUAAUUAAAUUGAUUGAACAUAACAUUUAUUUCAAUGUAGCCUAUAAUGUAUUUCUAUUUUGCAGUCAUCUCAGUUUUCAUUUGAAGCCAUGUUUUAUUCUUCGCUUGUUUGUAACAAUUGCAAAGACAUUGGCGACUUUGUAUUUUUAGUCAACUUUGUUUUGAAGUUGACUACAGCGGAGAUCUUCUGUGUAUGAAGUGACGUGGAAUGGCAAAGAAGCAUCUAACAACGCACUCAGCUGUUCUACCAGUGGUCUGAGGUAGUCAGUAAAUAACAAGCGUUUUCAAGUGUAAAACUUUAGUGACAAUGUUUUGGGGAAACAGCACGGCUACUAAAGAUACAUUGUACGAAGGUUCUGACGAUGGCUUUGGGAAACGAGGCCCUGGUUAUUUGCUAGUGCUUAUUGCUCAAAGCGCUGGCUGUAAAGAGGAAGUGCUGCCCAGUGUUUAAUUAUGUCACUGUCAUCAUGCUAAUGCUUUCUACUGUGGCCAUAUUUGUAACAAGUUAAACAUUUUCUUUAUUUAACUUGUUGCAUCUGCUUCAUAGUCCUUCAUAGACCACUAGUCCAUUGUAUUAUUGUGUGUUAAUGUGACUAUUUGAGUAACAUACUGUAUGCCUUUUGCUAAUUUAAACAUUAUUGAAGGGUGUCCCAUGAUAGAAUAUGAAUGGGAGUAUUUGAUUUAAGAUGGUUGCAUGCAUAAUUCUAUGCCAAUAAAUAAAGAUCUAUUGAUA